AUGAAGCUCUCCAAUUUUGCCAAGCACGCUCUCACGUUCACUGGUCCGUCGCCGAUCCAGCACAUGGAACGGCUGUCGAAGGCUCUGGGCAACAAGGUGCAGCUGUAUGCCAAGCGCGAGGACUGCAACUCCGGUUUGGCCUUUGGUGGCAACAAGACGCGCAAGCUCGAAUACAUCAUCCCGGAGGCCAUCGAAGGGGGCUACGACACGCUCGUGUCCAUCGGCGGCAUCCAGUCCAACCAGACGCGUCAGGUGGCCGCCGUAGCUGCUCACCUCGGGUUCAAGUGCGUGUUGGUCCAGGAGAACUGGGUAAACUACCCGCCGGAAGAGACCAACGUGUAUGAUAACGUAGGCAACAUUGAGCUGUCGCGUAUCCUCGGCGCCGACGUGCGCAGGGACUCGGCCGGUUUCGAUAUCGGCAUCCGACCAAGCUGGGAGGAGGCCAUGGAGAGCGUCAAGAAGGCCGGUGGCAAGCCGUAUCCCAUUCCGGCUGGCUGCUCGGAGCACCCCAAGGGUGGAUUGGGCUUCGUCGACUUUGCUGAGGAGGUCCGUCAGCAGGAGAAGGAGCUGGGCUUUAAGUUCGACUACGUCGUCGUGUGCGCCGUGACCGGCAGUACAAUGGCUGGUAUGGUGGUAGGCUUUGCGGCUGACGGUCGUGCGAACAAGAUCAUCGGUAUCGACGCGUCCGCCACGCCCGACAAGACCCGCGAACAAGUGCUGCGCAUCGCCAAGAACACGGCCGAUCUGGUGGAGCUGGGGCGCGAGAUCACGUCGGACGAUGUCGUACUCGAUACGCGCUUCGGCGGCCCCGAGUACGGACUGCCCAACCAGGGCACGCUGGAUGCCAUCCGGCUAUGCGCUCGCACCGAAGGUAUUCUCACCGACCCAGUGUACGAGGGCAAGUCGAUGGACGGUAUGAUCUCCAUGGUGCGCAACGGCGAGUUUCCGGAGGGCUCCAAGGUGCUGUACGCCCACUUGGGCGGUGUACCGGCACUGAGCGCGUACAGCUACCUGUUCAAGGAAGGCUGA